CAGAGAUGUACCUAGGGGUUACGGCCAUCUUGGAUAUGGACUCUGUGGCAAGAAGACUUGGACUCCAUAUUAUUGUAUCUAUGCUGAGCGUUGUAUGUUAAAGUAAGGACAGGUUUUAGUAGGAGAAGAUAAACGGGAAACAUGGGAGAGGACAGGGAGAAGGAGAAGCCUGAGAAAGGCCAUGCUGCAAGAGCAGACUAUACAGAUAAAUCAAAAUUACCGACUACAAUAAUUCUACAGUUUUCAAAUUACUCAUGAGAAACUACUUAUCCCAUGAUCCCACUCCUCUUCGGAAAGCCCGUACAAUACAUAUAGUGUACCUGUGACAGUAGAAAGGCAUGAACCUGGCUAUAUGUUUGUUACAGGUACAGCAUUAUAUUAGACAAAGCGAGAUGAGAAGAAAGAAAAAGAUCGGGAUAAAGAAAAAGACCGUGAUAAAGAUCGGGAUAAAGACAAGGAUAGAGACCGUAAGAAACGCAGCCGGUCUCGCUCGCGUGAACGUCGUAAGCACAACUGCUGGACAAAUCCCAUCUAAUGUGACAGUACCUCUAAUUGCACCACCUAGUGCAGGACAGAUACCACCAUUAGUUGCAGUUGUUCCUUCAGUUCCAGAAGUUACUAAUGUUCCCCAGCCAGUACCAGUUGUUGGUUCCACCAUCACCAGACAAGCACGUCGUCUGUAUGUGGGAAAUAUUCCAUUUGGUGUAACAGAGGAAGAGAUGAUGGAAUUCUUCAACCAGCAGAUGCAUCUUGCUGGUCUUGCCCAAGCUGCUGGAAACCCAGUUCUUGCUUGUCAGGUCAACCUAGACAAGAAUUUUGCAUUUUUGGAAUUCCGAUCAAUUGACGAAACUACUCAAGCAAUUGCUUUUGAUGGUAUUAAUUUUAAAGGGCAGAGUUUAAAAAUCAGACGACCUCAUGAUUAUCAACCAAUGCCAGGCAUGUCUGAGCAUCCAACUCUGACUACCAUGCCAGGUACGACACAGAUUCCAGUUAUUGCAGGUGUGGUUUCAACUGUGGUGCCUGAUUCACCUCAUAAGAUCUUUAUUGGAGGGCUGCCCAACUACCUUAAUGAAGAUCAGGUUAAAGAGCUGCUUAUGUCCUUUGGUCAGCUUCGAGCAUUUAACUUGGUCAAAGAUUCUGCUACUGGACUGUCCAAGGGCUAUGCCUUCUGUGAAUAUGUAGAUGUCAGCCUCACUGAUCAGGCCAUACAUGGACUGAAUGGAAUGCAGCUAGGAGACAAGAAGUUAGUGGUGCAACGUGCUAGUGUGGGAGCCAAGAAUGCUAAUGCCAUGGCUCAAGCCCCAGUGCAGAUCCAGGUUCCUGGAUUACAGCUUCAGAGUGGCUCAGGACCUGCUACGGAGGUGCUCUGCCUCAUGAAUAUGGUAAUGCCAGAUGAGUUGAAAGAUGAUGAAGAGUACGAGGAUAUUCUUGAGGAUAUAAGAGAGGAAUGCAGCAGAUAUGGAAUAGUGCGUUCAGUAGAAAUUCCUCGACCUGUUGAAGGAGUUGAGGUUCCAGGUGUUGGCAAAGUUUUUGUAGAGUUCAAUUCUGUACUGGAUUGUCAGAAAGCACAACAGAAUCUUACUGGACGCAAGUUUGCAAAUCGGGUAGUGGUCACCUCUUACUUUGAUCCAGAUAGAUAUCAUCGGCGUGAUUUCUAAGAAAUUUUUUUAAGGUAGUUACAGUAUACUGUGUCAUUGUCAAUUAAUAUGAUUCUACAAAGAAUUUUAAAUGGCUACAGUGUAUCAUCACCAAUUUAAUUUAUACUUGUUAAUUGGCAUACAAUUUGUGGCACUAUAUUUAAAAGGUGAUGCUGUAAUUUGUUACUGAGAAUUUUUUAUUUUUAUUAUUGAAGAGAUUUAAUUAAGCUGAUUUUUUUUUUUUUUGGGGGGGGGGGCAAGAGUUAUGAAUGUGUUUUUUCUUUCAUUCUUUAGCAACAUGAUCCAUUAUAUUGUAUGUAUUCACAUCAUCCCCUUUGAAGCAUUAAAGUCUUAUCAAAC